CCCACAAAUAGAUGGAGAGGAUGAACCAGUACAAGCAGAUAGGAGGAGAGAGAGAGAGAGAGAGAGAGAGAGAGAGAUGAACUCCUCUUCUUUCGCCAGUAAUGGCGCCUUCCUUCUCUUCAGUUCUACUCAGAAGCACUCUGUCUCCAAUACCAAAUGGGGAUUGCAAAGUGAACUUGAUAUGAGUAUGAGUAUCCAAAGAAGCAACCGCCCAACAUUUCGAGUUUUGGCCAAAGCUAAUGCAGCACCAGGUAAAAGAAGUUCAACUGCAGAGGUGAUAAUGGUUGAUCCUUUAGAGGCCAAGCGGUUAGCUGCCAAACAAAUGCAAGAAAUUAAGGCCAAAGAGAAGUUCAAAAGACAACGCCAGAUUGAAGCAAUUAAUGGAGCGUGGGCAAUGAUCGGUCUCACGGCAGGGUUGGUGAUCGAGGGUCACACGGGAAAUGGUAUUCUGGCCCAGUUGACUGGAUAUUGGAACGCCAUCACCAGUUUCUUUUGGUGGUAGCAGAUCUUCAAAUUGCAGACUUCUUGCGUACUAUCCAUCUGCAAAGUGCAAUAGAGUGUAAAGACCUACAUUUUCUUAAUUGCUUUUUUUUUUUUUUCAGUCGAAGGUGGAUUUAGGCUGUGUUUGGAUGCACAAUCGAAUCAAAUUGCAAUUUGUCAUUGUCAUAGGCUUGUCCUGUCCAUUUGGGAUUGGCAAAUCACAAUGACUAAUCUAAAAUAAGCAAAAACCAUCUAAAUUGCAAUUUUCGCCCCCCUCCGUAGAGGGUCUGCGCUCUGAAUUGCAAUUAAGUUACAUUCAAGUUGGACAUGAAAGAAACAAAACUGUGAUUUGUGGGAUACUUGGAAGCAUCAUUUAUUUUGUCGCUUCCCCUUUGAUUAAACUGAAUACUCGCAAUUCAACUCAGAUGCAAUUGAAUCCAAUCGUGCAUCCAAACAUGGCCUCAAGCUAAUACUACUUGGGCAUGUACUAUGGUUUCUCCUUCAGCUGGCAUUGUUGAAUAUAUUGUUAAUAGAAGGUUUUCUAAAUCCAAAACAUUUGAUGCUUUGGGGCUGACAA